CCUCACGGACGCCCCGGAGCCUCUCAGAGGUCGGACGCUCCUCUUCCUGUGUCAGGUCAACAUGUUCCCUCUGAGAUUGUCGCUGCGCUUAAACUCGAUUUUAUCUCAACGUGGAAACUCGAGUCUGAGGACCGUGACGUCACACGCGGUCCAACGAAAAGAUGACGUGCUCGUGAAGAUGGAAAAUCCGUUUAAACAGGCUCAGACCGGAUGUGUCCUGUGUAACGUGCACGUGGAUUUUAAGAACACCCAGCUGCUGUCUCAGUUCAUCUCCCCUCACACAGGCAGGAUCUACGGCCGACACAUCACAGGUUUGUGUGGAAGAAAACAGAAGGAAAUCUCCAAGGCCAUAAAGAAAGCUCACUCCAUGGGUUUCAUGUCGGUGACUCACAAACACCCACAGUUCAUGAGGGAUCCCAACAUCUGUGGCAUCAAACAUCUGCAUUAGACGACCUGUGUGUGUGUGUGUGUUUGUGUUAUUUGUGAAUUAAAAACUUAAUUAUGACUCA